CGCCUUCGUCGUCUUUUGAAUUAUUUCUGUGUCGCACGGAUCGGCCGCAGCGUCGAGCACGGCGCGCACAUGCCACCAGGACCCGCGUUCAAUUGGAUCUGUGUUGCCCACUCAGCUCUUGACAUCCUCAACCAUGCCGCGCGCUACCGUGCAGCCCAGCUCUCAAGCCCCUUCGCGUCUCAGUCGGUGCAGAAGCAACAAAAAACAAACGAUCAUUUUUUCGAGAGGAAACAUGAGAGGAAUAAUGAAGAAGAAUCAGAGAAGGUGGCAGAACUUGAGGCAGGACCCGCGCGCACGAAUCGACGACAAGCAGAUUCCUUGAACGAUGAACUUGAGACAGUGUCCUCGACGAACAUAGGCUAUCCGAAGACUGAAGCAGGGCGAGUACAAGCAGACUCGCACUUCGUCCGACCGGACUCGCUGCGACACGCGAACGAAGCAUGGAUUUCUCAGAUAUCCAUAUCUCCGUUCCCUAUACUUCCCACUUCUCCGAUAGAGCCCGUGAUAGAAACCACUGCUCAACCUUCGCAACCUAGCCUCACACAAGCCAAACUCCAAGAAACAGCAAUCCCAUCUGCGCCUCCGCCAGCACUUCAAUCAUCUCCUUCGCCUCCAGUAGCAGAUCUAAAUCCCUCUCUGGCAAUCGACGCAGAGCACAUAAUUCUCUCUUCUGACGAAUCGAUUCCUGACCUUCCCCCGGCUCGUGCACUUCAAUCUUCGAAAGUGCCGUCCUCGCGCCUAGGCAGACUCUUUCACUAUGGGGGGCCUCGCCGCAUCUCUCAGCUUCGGCGCCGCCUCGGAGCUUGUCCGUCGCUCGGCCUCUUCCUCCGAAUCUGCCAAUGCGGGGAGUGGCUCGUUAAUGCUGACAGAGGCUAAUGUUACGCGUCUCGUGAGCAAGCUGUCGCAGAUGCGCGGUGCGGCGCUCAAGAUCGGGCAGUUCCUGAGCAUACAAGACACACAUGUGCUCCCGCCUGAGAUCGAGCGCGUGUUUCGGAGAGUGCAGAAUAGCGCGCAUUACAUGCCAAACUGGCAAAUGGAGAAAGUCCUGGCUACCUCUCUCGGUCCGUCCUGGCGCACCGCCUUCAGCACGUUCGACCCCACUCCCUUCGCUGCCGCGUCCAUCGGGCAAGUCCACCGCGCGGUCCUUACCGCAGAUGCGAGCCCAACGGGAGCCGAGGCGCGCGUUGCAGUGAAGAUCCAGUUCCCGAACGUGCGCGAGUCCGUGGAGACGGACCUUUCGUACGUGAGCGCGCUAAUGAAGGUAGGCGGAGUGCUGCCAAAGGGUGCUUUCUUGGGCCGGACAAUUGAGGUGAUGAAACAAGAGCUCGCCGAUGAAUGCGACUACGCGCGCGAAGCCUCCUUCCUGCGCGCCUUUCGCGGCCCCUCCAAGCUCGGCAACGACGCGCGGUUCAAGGUCCCGUGGGUGUGGGACGGCAGCACGGACCGCGUGCUUGUGAUGGAACACGUAGACGGCACAAGCGUCGGCGGGGACACCGUGAACGUACUGCCGCAGGAAGACAGGGACGCGAUCGCGGCGCGUAUCAUUGAGCUCUGUUUCAACGAACUCUUCGUGUUCCGCGCGAUGCAGACGGACCCGAACUGGUCGAACUUCCUGUGGAACGCGCGAACGAAGCAGGUGCGCGGGAUUGAGCUCGUUGAUUUCGGCGCGACGCGCGAGUACGACGUCGCGUUCAUCGAUAAUUGGCUGCGCCUCCUACAAGCAGCCGCCUCUGGCGAUCGCGCGACGUCCAUCGAGCGGAGCAUUCAACUCGGCUACCUCACCGGCGAGGAGAACGAGAUGAUGCUCGACGCCCACGUGACGUCCAUGGCGCUCCUCGCGACGCCCUUCCGCGCCGACACACCCCAGCCGUUCGCGUUCGGGCCCGGCUCGCGCUGGGCGGAGGUCACCGGCGAGAUCCGCUCGCUCAUCCCCGUCAUGCUGCGGCACCGGCUCACGCCCCCGCCCCGCGAGACGUACAGUCUCAACAGGAAACUGAGUGGCGCGUUUUUGCUUGCGUCGCGCCUGGGUGCGCGGGUCGAUUGCAAGACCCUCUGGGACGGCGUCGUGGACGGGUAUAAGUUUACUACUUAGACUUCCGUCUCACGCGAAACCCUACUCGAAUCUCUGUCCCGAGGCACGGAUGACGAAGGCAUCGCACAAGCCACUCGAAACAUUCACAUGGGCUCGCUGAGCUGGCAGCUUCGUGAAGAUGGUAACAACCCCCGUGGGGGCCUCUAUUCUAUUGUUGAAUAUAGAAUUAAUGCGUAGGGUACUUUGUAU